GCUUAAACCCUUGUUUUUCUUCACCUUGCGCAACUUCUUUCUCUCUCCUCCCAAACCCAAAAAAAUGGGGAAGAACAAAAAAUUGAAGGAACGCAAGCAAACUGAGCACUGCCCUGCUACUGUCUUCAUCUCAAAUUUACCCUUUUCUUUCUCCAAUUCUCAGCUUGAAGAAUCCUUCAGUGAUGUGGGUCCCAUUCGCCGCUGUUUCAUGGUCACCAAGAAAGGUUCAAUUGAACACCGAGGAUUUGGUUAUGUUCAAUUUGCUACUGCUGAGGAUGCGGACCGUUCUAUUGAUAUGAAAAAUGGUUCGUCUCUUGGUGGCCGGAGAAUUGUGGUGAAACAUGCUUCUCAUCGUGCUUCGUUGGAGCAACGUCGAGCUAAAACUAAUCCAGCAGCUGAAUCGAAUGAUGCUGAUAAGACAACAGAUGAGGAUGAUAGUGCUGCACAUGAUGCUGAAAAGCUUGAAAAGCCUCCAAGUGAACCUGGAAUUGCUGAUGGGAAAGAUAAAGCUCCUCAUGUUGUCGCAAAGAUUGAAGAGCCUCCAAGUAAACAUGAAAUAGUGACAACAGAUGAGAAAGACAAUCCCCCUCAUGUUGCUGCAAAGAAAGAAAAGCCUCCAAGUAAAUGUGAUAAGAAGGAUAGUGCUCCUCAUGUUGCUGAAAAGCCUGUUAAGCCUCCAAGUAAACCUGAUAUCGGUAAAUCACUUAAGCCACCAAAGAAAGCAAAGGGAGACCCUGCUGGUCCAAUUGAAGUUGGCAAAUCUUCAGAUAAACAAAGGGUUGCAAGAACUGUCAUAUUUGGAGGCCUUAUAAAUGCUGAUAUGGCAGAGGAGGUCCUGCGUCGUGCUAGGGAGAUUGAUGGAGUGUGUUCAGUCACAUAUCCACUUCCAAAAGAAGAGCUUCAGCACCAUGGGCUUGCUCAAGAUGGAUGCAAGAUGGAAGCUGCGGCAGUGCUGUAUGCAAGUAUUAGAUCUGCACGUGCUUCUGUUGCAGCCUUGCACCAAAAAGAAAUCAAAGGAGGUUCAGUGUGGGCACGCCAACUUGGUGGAGAGGGUUCCAAAGCUCAAAAGUGGAAAGUCAUAGUCCGUAACCUUCCUUUUAAGCAGGCAACAGUCAAGGAGAUAAAUGAACAUUUUUCUGCUGCAGGAUUUGUUUGGGAUGUAUUUAUUCCUCGGAAUCCAGAGACAAGGUUGGCCAAGGGGUUUGCAUUUGUAAAAUUUACUAGCAGGCAUGAUGCUGAAAAUGCUAUUCUGAAGUUCAAUGGCAAAAAGUUUAAUAAUAGAACUAUUGCUGUUGACUGGGCUGUACCAAAGAAACUCUAUACAACUGGUGUAACUUCUAUGGUUGAUUCAGAUGAUGGAGAAUCUGCUGAUGAAGAUGCUGACAGUGACACUGAUUAUGCAUUGGAGAAUGAUGAUUUGGCUCUUGCAACAAAGACUGAAGGCUCAGAUGGAGCUCACUCUGACUCAGAUGGAGCUCAAUCUGACUCAGAUGAAGAAAAGGAAGCCACAAUCACUUUUGAAGAGGAAGCAGAAUUAGCACGAAAGGUCCUUCAAAAUGUUAUUACAUCCUCCGUGACGGAAUCUUCUUUAAACAAUGGUUCAAAUGACGGAGUACCUGCCAAGGCAGUCAACUUGGGCAACAGUGUAGAACCUGAACACACAAUCCAGACUAAGGAUGAAAAAGCGAGAGUCAAACCCACUAAAUCUGUCAAUGAGGAAGAUGAUCUUUCAAGAACAGUUUUCAUAAACAAUCUUCCUUUUGAUCUUGAUCCUGAAGAAUUAAAACAACGAUUCGCAACUUUUGGAAAAAUCCAAUCAUUCUUUCCUGUUGUUCAUCCCGUUACCAAGCGGCCAAGAGGAACUGGAUUCCUUAAAUUUAAAACGAUUGAUGCAGCUGAUGCAGCAGUAUCUGCAGCAAGUGCUGCACCUGGUCUGGGAAUCUUUCUGAAAGGAAGGCAGUUGAAGGUAUUUAAGGCACUGGACAAGAAAUCAGCUGAUGAAAAAGCAUUGGAGGAUUCCAAAAAAGAGAUUGAAGACCACCGCAACCUUUACCUGGCGAAGGAGGGUCUGAUAGUUGAGGGAACUCCUGCCGCAGAAGGGAUUUCAGUGGAAGAUUUGGAAAAACGCCAAACGUUGCAUCAGAAAAAAAUGACUAAACUUAAAUCACCAAAUUUUCAUGUUUCCAAAACAAGAUUAGUAAUAUACAAUUUACCGAAGUCAAUGACUCCAAAACAACUGAAAAAACUCUGCAUUGAUGCUGUUGUUUCCAAAGCUUCAAAGCAGACCCCUGUGAUACGGCAGAUAAAGUUUCUUAGUGAUGUUAAGAAUGGAAAGGUGAAAAAUCAUUCUCGUGGAGUUGCUUUUGUGGAGUUUGCAGAGCAUCAACAUGCUAUUGUGACAUUAAGAGUGCUUAACAACAAUCCUGAGGUAUUUGGCCCUUCGCAUCGUCCUAUUGUGGAGUUUGCUGUUGAUAAUGUUCAGACAUUACGGAAGAGAGGCUUAAAAAUUAAUGACCAGCUGCAGAAAACUGGUGAUGAUCGAAAUGAUGACACCUUAACUUCAUCCACCAAAUCAAAUGAAGAGAAUUCCAGAAAAAGGAAAUCACCAGAUGAUAAAAAAUCAAGAGAAAAUCGGGUUACUGGCAGAAAACACGUGAAAGGAAAUAGAGCAGCUGAUGAGGCUGCUACUGAAGAGAAUCAAAGAAAGAAGCAUCAGCCAGUCCGAGCAAGUGAAGAUAGAUACAACCAAGAAAAGAAGCAAAAUCAUGAUAAGUCAUUUCUACACAUAAAUGGAACUGUGGAUGCUCUUCAAUCAAAACCCUCCAUUCAAAAUGAUAAGCAGUCCAGAAAGAGAAAGGUAAUUAAUCCUACAGGAGAUGGUCCUGAGGGGAAAAUUAUGAAGAAGAGAAAUAGGAACAAUAAAAAAGACCGUUUAGGCCAAGAUGGCGUGGAUAAGCUGGAUGUGCUGAUUGAACAAUAUAGAUCCAAGUUUUCACAGAAGAGUUCUGAUAAACCAGAUGGUGAAAAACAAGGUUCCAGGCAGCAGAUUAAAAGAUGGUUUCAGACAUAGGUUUCGUUUUUUGCUACUGCUUCUCUUCCAGAAGUAGCUACAUUUUGAAUGUUGUACAUCACCAAAAUUUUGUACCAAAGAUCUUUAGGGAGAAAUUAUGCGAUACACUAAUACAAAUUAGAAAGAUUUUUGCUAUUUCUGCUCUUUAGUCUUUCAUCAUCAACAGGAAGUUUUGUUACUA